AAAAAAGGUGUAAAAAUGGACGGUUAGUUUUUCGUCAAACAACUAUUUCCUGUCUUAGAAAAAUCAGUUCUACAACAUAUGAAAUUUUUUUUUUCCUCCGGAGUCUGACUUUAAAGAACGCCGUACUAUACUCUUCUACAAAGAGCAGGGGCAUUUGUUACGCUCAGUUUUGCUGUGCAGUUUUCAGACUGCAAAUCUGUGCUUAACAAAGCUAACUACAGGAUACAAACAAAUAGGUAUACAGUACACUAUGUCGUCUGCUAGAUACAACAUACUUUAUUCGUAAAUGUGUACAACACGGUUUUCAUCAAAUUUUCGAGGCCUGUCAAAAGCAAUUAAAAUAGGCCUAUUAUUUUUUAGCUCAUCACAGAAGGUUUCUGCAAUAUAUAAUGCAGGUUAGCUAUUGAAUUACAGUAUUGACAGUGGCGUAUAUAAGAGUCUUGAAAUGGGGAAGCUGAUUGGGGAGAGGGGCGAAGGUGAAGUGGGCCUCGAUAUUUAGGUGAUGGAGCGCUAGAUUACAAAAUAAGGUGAUAUUUAACUACUUAACCGUAAUGUGUUUUUUUAGAGGGGCGCAUAUGGGGAGCGAGUAUUUUUUGGGGAAUGCGAUCCCCUUUCAGUGCACCCCUAGAUAGUAUUGACUAUUGAAUUAUAAUAAGUAUUGAGCUUUUACGGUGCGUGGUUUUUUGAAAUUAUUUUAUGUUUUGAAAAGUUGAACCUUGUUUAUUUAGUACAAAAUUAAGGGUAGUUGAUCGUGCCAUAGAGAAAGAAAAUAAAGAUCGUGCCAAAUGCAUUUUCACUUCCUGAGCAUUGGUCCAACAGUGAGAUACAGUGUCAACAAGGGGCCUAACGAACUUCAAGAUGGAAGAGAAGCCAGCCCCAUUCAUAGGUGUUAAGGUGAUAAAUGACUUCAGAUGGCCACCACAUGUGUGUGAUGACAUGAUAGAAGAACUGAGAAAGUUUAAAGUUAGAGACGAUGACGUGUUUAUAGUCACAUAUCCCAAGUCUGGAAGCCACUGGAUGACAGACGUUACGAAGAAUAUUGUUUGCGGAGGAGACCUAGAAAAGGUUAAGGAAUAUGGCAACCAUGGUCCUCCUAUAGAAUUCUACAAUUUUUUCAAAAAAUGUGACAUCUUUCCAAAAGAUAAGCCGAGAGUCCUGAUGACCCAUGUCCCUGUGGACAUCCUACCAAAAGAAGUGUUUGAGGGCAAGGGAAAGGUUGUGUACGUUGUGAGAAAUCCAAAAGACACAGCCGUUUCCUUUUGGCAUUUUGUAAAAGAACGACGAUUCUUGGAAGAGUAUGAGAAAUGGGAUAACUUUCUAGCAGCAUAUUUAAAACCUGACAUGAUGUGUGGAUCUUGGUUUGAUUUCAACCUGAAAUACUAUGAGCACCGUGAUGCGAAGAAUUUCUUGUUCAUAACUUACGAAGAAAUGAAACUCGAUCACAAAGGAUGUGUUAUUCAGCUUUCCGACUUCUUUUCUCGUCACCUGACGGACGAUCAAGUUGAUCUAAUUGUGAAUAAUACAACAUUUUCCAAUAUGAAAUCGAAAUUUACUGGUAAACGGAACACUAAACAUCUUGGGGAUGUACCUAAACUAGGCGUCGUGGGUGCUUCAAAUCAGAAGUUCACCAUUAUGAGAAAAGGUGUUGUCGGUGAUUGGAAGACACACUUUACCGUCGCUCAAAAUGAGUUAUUCGACGAAAUUUACAGCGAAAAGAUGAAGAGAUCUUCUUUGAGGAGACGAAUUAUAUUUGAAAUUGAUGCUUGAGUUGUCAUGGAAACCUUGUCAUCUUAUAGAAAUAUAUCAACAAUUAUUGUAGUGUUAAUGAAUAAUGAAUAAUUUUUCCGGAAGCAGCCAAAAUAAUUGGCAUAGUCCUAAUUGUUAUAGUUAGGCCUCCUGGCCAAGACAUGUCUAGCCUGAAAUCGGCAAAAUUUUGCUGGUUCUUGUAGGAAAAAAGUGUCAUCAAUGAUAAUUCUAACUGAAAUGACAAGGAAAUGUUCGUCACAAAAGUUAGUAAAAAACUGCGCACAAGCCUUUAGUGGACUUCUCUAGUCAGGAGCCGCGGACCGUUGUUGCUUCCGUGUGCAAUAAAUUUGUGCUGUCCCGGCUUUCGGUGUAGCCCUACUGCCCAAUUCACCAUCAGAAGAUGACCUCAUUGUAAUAAAACAAAAUUAAAUUUUAUCCUAUUUUUGUUUUUUAAUUUAUUAUGCUCAGUUUUCCUGUGCAGUUUUGAGAUUGCAAUUCCGAGCGCAUGUGAACUUUUUUUUAAAUAUUUUGUGGGGUAGUCCUACUUUAAUUCACAAUUCAUAUCUGGCAUAAUAGUAUAUCAGUUUCUCAUACUAUGGUGAAAAUAUACAGUAUUAUACUUCGUAGAAAAAAAUAUAAACAAUGUGUUAUACCCAAUGUAAAUGCAGCAUUUAUCGUAGAAAGUAUCUCAAAAACUCGAAGGCUUCGAUGAUGAACGCCACCUCACAAUAGAUGAAAAACACGUUUCAGUCAAUCAAUCAAUCGAUCAUUCAAACGAGCUUUUCUAAGAGCUCCUCAUUGGAGCUGAAAUUAACAAAUAAAAUCCAUGUAGAUCGUUCAAGACGUUAAAAGACAUUUAAAAUAUAAUUUAAAAUGAAGUUAAAAACAAAAUAAAUCCAAAGUAAACUUAACCGAUCGAUUACUAAAACAUUACACUGUACAUAUUAUUGAGGUAGGCCUACCAUUUCACAGAUAUUAUUAGUUAAUUCAGAUUUUACUCUGUAUUUGUGUUUGUUUGUUAUGAGUGUGAAUAGCCGAAUGAAUAAAAAAAACUCUAAACUUUAAAAUAAAUGAUAAGGACAAUAA